GCAAUGGAUUCCCCUCCAAAGUCGAGCACUCUUUCACCCAAUCUCUUCUUCUUUUUCGUUCUUUUAUCGACAAAUCUCCUCACUUUGUUCCUAUCUUCCUCUCUUUACUCUUCUUGUUCACUCCGGUCCCUCACUUCCACCGCCGCAGCCACUGCCACAGAUGACCGAGCAAGAUUUUCCGGCCAACUUACUUCACAACCCGACGAGUUACUUACCUUCGUUUCUCAACAGUCACUCCCUUUAGGGUUCAACGCAAAUUUCGGCUCCAACAUAAUCUAUUCUCCCGUGGGACGCGCAUGCUCUCUCUUCCCGGAUGAACUCCGACGUUACAUGUCUUACAACGUUAAUGGUUCAUGUCCCGACGAUGAGCUUCUUGCCCAGAAACUCCUCCUUAAGGGCUGCGAGCCACUCCCUCGUCGCCGUUGCCGACCCGCUGCUCCGCUUCGAUACCCCGAACCUUAUCCGCUACCACUCAGCCUAUGGACAACGCCACCCGAUUCAUCAGUCGUAUGGACAGCUUAUUCUUGCAAGAACUACACUUGUUUGAUCAAUCGAAAGAAGCAAAAGGGCUUCGACGAUUGCAAAGAUUGCUUUGAUCUCAAAGGUCGCGAUAGAACUCGUUGGACGACAUCCGACGGAGAACUUAACUUCUCCAUCGACGAAGUGCUGGCAACGAAAAAACCGGGUACGAUUAGAAUAGGGCUAGAUAUCGGCGGUGGGGUGGCGACUUUCGCUGUGAAAUUGAUGGAAAGAAACAUAAACAUCGUCACAACUUCGAUGAACUUAAACGGUCCGUUCAAUAGUUUCAUUGCUUCAAGAGGGGUUGUCCCUUUGUACAUGAGCAUAUCGCAGAGACUGCCAUUUUUCGAUAACACGUUGGAUAUAGUUCACUCGAUGCAUGUUUUGAGCAAUUGGGUUCCGACGACAGUGCUCCAUUUCUUGUUGUUUGAUGUUUACAGGGUGUUAAGGCCGGGAGGUUUGUUUUGGUUGGAUCAUUUCUUUUGUGCCGGCGAGCAGUUGGAGGAGGUGUACGCGCCGCUUAUUCGAAGCGUCGGAUUCAAUGAGUUGAAGUGGGUGGUCGGACGUAAGCUUGAUAGGGGAGCGGAGCUUAGGGAGGUUUAUCUGUCGGCUUUGCUGGAAAAGCCGUUGAACAACUCUUGGUGAUUAUAUAUGGAGA